AUGUCCAUUGAUGGAAGCGAUCCCAAAAAGAGGCAACUAAGACUCAUAUCAGUGGCAUUUAAAGAAGCGUCAAUUGAUUCACCAUCCUUUCGUGCAUCUGUAAAUUUCUUCCAAACCAGAGUGGAUGCGCUAGAAGAUUGGAUAGAAAAGACGGUGGACUUUUUUGACCAGAAGUACAAGGUGUCGUUUGAGGAUUUUCGGCGGGCCAAAGAAACUCUUUUAUCCCAAUUGUUGCCUUCUCCUGCCUUGCUGAGUAAUGGGUUUGUCAGUAAUCAAUCGUUUACUCCCAGACUGAUUGACGGCUUCAAUAAGGACUAUUAUGAUUUCUCUAUGAAGCUGCUAAAGAUUGUAAAGGGUGAUGAUUCUAGCCAUUCAACUGCUCUGUUGGAACUUAUGACUAAUGCAAUUGAACCAUAUACAAAUAUGAGAAAAAAUUUUGAUUUUUACCAAGGUAAAUAUGACAGCAUGUUGGCAUCCUACCAGGCCAUAAGGGUUUCCAGAACCAGUUUGGAACCCUCUUCUAUCAAAGGUGAUGCUUUGCAAUUAUUUGAAGUUCAAAAAAGUUAUCUGAAAGCUUCCUUAGACCUCAUAAGCGCAAUAUCAGUAGUAAAAUUAAGUUUAGACAAAUUCAUAUUAGAAUCGAUGAAAGUAUUAAAAUGCCGGAGCAUUUUUAUAACAAAGGAUACUGGAAAAAAAAUUGAUUUAUCUCCCUCUAUUAACGAUUACUUGGAUAGUUACUCCAUAUGGGUAGAAAAUUCCAUCGAAGGUUCCAAGAUCUUAAGUUCUGAUAUCAGUAGUGCUAAAAAGCAAGCGUAUGGUUAUACACUGAAAAGAAUUACGCCAUCCAGUGAUGUUAGUGACUAUAACAUCAGAUCGAUACAUUCUUCGAAGCUACUAUCGAGGGACACACAGGCACCCGAAAAAUCGCCUGAAAAAUCUGGAUGGCUUUACAUGAAGACUCAAGUAGGGAAAACAAAUAGAGAAAUAUGGGUAAGAAGGUGGUGUUUUCUGAAAAACGCUGUAUUUGGGAUGUUCCUUUUAUCGCCCUCAAAGACCUAUGUGGAGGAAACUGAUAAGUUUGGUGUCUUUCUUACUAAUGUGCGGUAUGAUCCAGAAGAGGAUCGAAAAUUUUGCUUUGAAGUAAAAAUCUUUGGCAAUAAAGCGACAGAUUUGCAUGAAAACAUGUCAAAGGAUAUCACAUUGGUUUUUCAAACUUCCAAUUUUCGAAAUUUGAAAUCAUGGUUAGUUGCAUUUGAAACGACAAAAAAGUAUGUUAUGAAUUUACAGCAUGAUAGUCUUGAAUAUGAACUAGCGUUCAAGAGGUUUUCUCCAAAAUUUUUUGAGUUCGCCUCUAGUACGACAACUUCCAUAGAUCAAUUGAUAACGACGUUUGAUAAAGAAACUGAGUCCUUAUAUGACACCUUGAAUUGUUCUAUAUCUGAAUAUGAUAUUUUGACUUUAGGAGAGGAGAGGGUAUUCCAAUUUCAAAUGCCUGCAACACCAAUAUCUACUAAAAUGACACAGCUUGCUAUUUUAUCCAACUUUCUCACAAAGGGUAGUUGGUUCCCCAAUGCUGUUCUUGCAAAUAUAUGGGGUACAACUGAUUGGAGUGAAUAUAGUAUACUACCAAGCAGGGGGAAGAAGCCUUCCUCGCUGUUAACAAAGGACGGAAAGAGGCUUCCUAUAAGAAACUCUACUAUAUAUCCCCAUUAUUAUUCUAAUGAGCUGAAGAUCAUUGAUCUUCAAUUCAAAUCGCUGGUAUUUUCUCCGGACCAAAGAUUGGAGAAACUACCGGAAGAUCUUUUACUUUUUAAAUUCGAAGCAUUUUGGUGUCCCAACAAGAAACAAAAAUUCUCAGCAACCUGUUUUUGCACGAAAGACUACAUUUAUUGCUACAUGAACUCUAUGGAAUUUAUUUGUCUUACAAAGAUCAAUCUAGCUGAGAUUGUUUCUGUAGAGGCCGACAAAUCAUCAGAAAAAACUCUAAAACUUUAUGAUGCCAGCGGUUUACAAAUGACUGCUGUCAUUUUAUUUGCUGACUAUAAACUUGUUGCAUCUAAGCUGCAGUAUCUUCUGGAAAACAAAGCUAUAAAAAAUCCAAAUAGUAACGAGGAAAUUUUAGUGAAAUUUGAGCAGAUGGAAAAGGAGUUUCAAGAAAAAAACCAAGAGGAAUUAUAUAAGACAGAGCAAGAAGAAAAGUCUAAUUAUAAAGGGAUGACUAGUAUGGCCAAAAAUAUUAGAUCACGUGUGACAUUCUGGGAGAUGCCUGAUGAUGCAUCUUCUUUGUUGAAAAGGCUCAAAAAACUUCAAACAGAGUACACAAUUACGUAUCAUCACGAGUAUGACAUAUCCAGUAAAGGACUGGCUCAUAUAUUGUUUGGGGAUAGAUCGAAUGUCUUUCCAAAAUGCUUAUUUCUAGCAAGAAAAGAUAGGAAGGAAAACGUUAAGUCGUUUUGGCAUAAAGAAAAAGGCAUUAACGACAAACAACAACUAGUACGGAAAAUACCGUUCCAAUUGGAUAUUACCGGCAAUUUUUUAAAUACUAGAAAACAUCAUGGAAAUGAAGAAUUCAAAGUCAUCUUUGCUACUCAGAGAAUUGUCAAUAUCGUCGAGAACAAAUAUUAUGAAGUUGACUUGGAUCCAUUCUAUAUCAAAGUGCCAUUUUGUCAUUUAUUAAGAGCUUCAGUAAAGUUUAUUAUUACCGAGUCAUACGAUACUGACAGUCAUCUGGAAAUCAAACUGAAUAUGACGGCAAAUAGUUCUUCACUUCAUGUUUUGUACAAACUUGAGUACGUUGACAAUAAGACUGGGGAAACAGUGAAAAAGCUAUCUUUGGCUGAAAUAAUAUGCCAAAAAUGGGUGUUGAAAUUUGCGCAUAGCGAGUUCCUGCUGAUAAGAAAGGUGUUACGAUUCUAUUUAGAAAAAAUUGGCAAAUACGGAAAAGUUAUUAAAGCCAUCAAACUAUGCGGUAUUAUAGGUCUUUCCGGCAGCAAAAAUGAAGAAUGUGCUGCUGACAGAAGUGAUAAACCCAAGAAAAGCGAUAAAUCUAAGAAAAGUGAAAGUAUGCGAUAUGACAUUAAGUAUUCUUGUACUGUCCUUUUCUUAAUAUUCAUUAAACUGAUGGUUUACAGGAUAACUAAUUUAACAUUUGUAUUCAUUAGAAUACUGAUCGGUAUUUUAUUAUUAUGCGCAGAAAAGUUUUCUCGGAUCAAUCGAACGAUGGUGGUUGGCCUAUUAGCAUCUAUCGCGAUCAGUACAUUUUUGUCGGGAAGGGCAUCUGUUUCGUACUGGUCUGUAAAGAGAGCUGAAAAAUUGUUUAACGAUCGUCUGGGAUCAGAUAAGUUCACGAUACAAAGGGCCAUUUACAUAAGUGAUUUGGACCUACUGACCAGUCAAUUGUCAGUAACACCAAAUAAUCCCAUUUUCGAAAAGUUCAGUGGGGACAAUUUCAAUAAGGACUAUCAGUAUAGGGAAACCCGAAAACAGUUGGCUAUGAGGAGGAAUGAGCUGCUGGUUGAACUAAGGAUACUUCAAGACAUGGAGAAACAAUUAGUACAUGGCGACUAUGAAAAAUUUUUAGUGGAAGAAGUAAACAAGUGUUCGUUGGUGUCGACAGAAAUGGCUGAUCUUUGGUUGAAUGAUACUCAAUUGCGUAAUUACUGUUCUGUCUGUAAUGAAGAGAUCGUAAAGUUGGGGUCGUCAAUAAUAUGA